AAUUUUGAACAUAUAAUCAACAACUCUCUUUUUCAGAUGAAAUCGAUUAAUAGUGAAAUUUAUUCAAGAAAUUAAUCUUUAAAGAGAAAACAUUGAAAACGUGCUCUUGUCAGUUUCCGUGACACUUGACAGUUAUAUUUUCGCUGAUAAUCUUUAAACAUGGAGGGAGAAUUCAGUCGGAGGAUUAAGGAUGUUGUUGAUGACCGUGUAUCCCGCCUUGAAGGUUUAUGGGAGGAGCUGGGGAUAGAUGAGGCGGGCCGGGAGGAUAGGAGUUCAACCGUCCUAAAACAUAUAACUGAACUACUAGACAAGAUGGUAAACGAGGAUAAGAAAGCCAAGAAGAGGAUCCUGGACAGCCUGGAGUACUACUCAAAGCAGGCCACCAAGCUUAGCCAGGAGCUGGGGAUCAGUUUCGAGUUCCCUGACAGCAGUCUUGUUCUGGUUCAAUAUGAACGAGCUGUGAGACACGAGGCUAAAAAUCUAGAGGAUAUUAAGAACACACGUCUGGAGGAGGUCAAAGAACUACGGUUUGUCGAUGAAGAACUUUGCUCUAGGCUUGGUAUGGAUCCGUUUUAUAUUUCAACUACAACUGUGCCUAACACAGAAAAACUCGACGAACUGAAGGAGCAUAUUAAACAAUUGGAGAAACAACUAGCUCUACGGAUAGAACAGGUCACAACCCAGAGAGAGGAAAUUACCAGGCUUUACCAGGAACUUGACAUGGAACCAAGCACUGAAAUGGAACGAGAAUUGGUUUGCGAGAGCUUGGAUAGAUUUGUUUUGAGCGCUAAGAAUAUCGAGGAUGUCGGCAGGAUCCAGAGUAUGCUGGAGGAUGAAGUGAAGAAGAACCAGAAGGAGGUGUGCGAGUGUAUUGAGAAGAUUGACGCCCUAUACGCCAGGCUGCAGCUAGACGAUAAUAAGAAGUUUCAUUUCCUUUCUAAUAACAGAGGGCACUCUGUGACUGUUAUUGCCUCCCUCAAGGCUGAAAUUGUCCGUCUGGAAGAGAUUAAACGGGCAAACAUUGAGAAGUUUAUCAUCAACAUCAGGGACGAACUCAACGUUCUUUGGGACGACUGUUUCUACUCAGAAGAACAGAGGAAUGAGUUCCUCCCUCUGCACUCUACAGAUUUCUCUGAGGCUCUUCUUGAGGCUCACGAGACCGAGGUGGCCAGGCUCAAAACUUAUUACGAGGAUCACAAGGAACUGUUCCUGAAGGUGUCCAAGCGCCAGGAGGUUUGGAACAAGUUCAUGGAACUGGAGAGAAGAGCCAAGGAUCCUUCAAGGUUGAUGAACGCUCGAGGGAACAGUUUGUUGUUGGAGGAGAAGGAGAGGAACAAGGUUAACAAGAACCUACCCAGGGUAGAACAAGAACUACACCAACUCAUCAAAGAAUGGGAGAAUGAAACUGGUCGCACUUUCCUAGUCCACGGUGUCGAUUUCCAGGCAUUUAUUGAAAAGCAAAAGGAAGAACAUUUAGAGCAACUGGAAGCUGAGAAGGUUGCAAGGGAACAGGCUAAGAAGAGAACUAUACUUCAAGAGACAAGGUUUGGAGCUAAACCUGCUACUCCAGCUAAGCUGAAGCAAUCAACAUCAGGAAACAAAACAAAUAGUAUCAAGAAAACUCCUGGGUCGUCCCGUAUUCUCUCAAGAAUAAAUACAGGGCUUGCUAUGAUCAGAUCACCGAGGACAAGGAUGUCAGAGACUCCGACCUCCAAGAACAACGCAUCCCUGCGACAGAAACGGAGGGACAGCUACGGUAUAAAACGUGGAGACAAGAAGGAUGCUAAAACUGCGGUGCAAAACAAGAACAAGCUCGCCAGAGGAGUUUUAUCAGAGUUGGAUAAUUCAAUAGUAAGUGGUCCGGGUGCGCCACACAACUUUACUCUACGCAGUGUAGAUUACGCAAAGUUCAACAAGGGCAAUUUCCUGAAUUCGACAAAAGCAGAGAAUAAGUGGUAAAGAAAUUAAGAAAUUGAGUUAUAACAAACUCUGAUUU